CGGUUGUGUCUGUGACUCGCGAGAUGUCAGUUCGCUCGAGUAAGUUUAUUCCGCUUUGUUUUGCGGAGGUGAGAGGACAUGGUGUGAUUGUGAUUGUCGGAAAAGCGUUGUGUUUAAUGUUUUUCUUGUAAAAAGUAUUUUUUGUGUGAAUAGACUUUUUAUUUUUUAUCUUAAGUGUUUUCUUGUUUGAACUACAGCAGUGUGUGCACUUGAAUACUCGGAAAAUAGUUACAUUUGCGCAAUUGUGCGAACGACUUGAUGUCAAUAAACUUGUCGGUGAUAUUUUAUGGGAAAGGUGUGCCGCGUCGCUAAUACCUGUUCGCCGCGGGAGGGUGCAUGAAAUCGGGAUGUUGGCGGAGGCCGGUGGCGCCUGAGCGGGUGGUGCCAUGGUGUCGUAGAUCGGUAGAUUAACAAGAUGGUGUUGUCUAGACCUUUAAGACGUUAUCAGACGAAACGAGUGCCCUGGCUACGCUUAUUUUACAACUCCGAAGGACCAAGACUAUGUGAAUAUAAUUCCGUAUCCCAGCGGGACAUCUCAAGACUGAUUCCCACGGAUGCCUUAAAAACAAGCAGCGAUGCAAGAUGAUUAAAUAAUAAAAUAUAAAUAUUUGUCUAUAAUAAAUAAUGCGAAAAGAGAGGCAUAGUUAAAAUAUUUUCGAAUGAGUAUUUUUGGAAGUUUUUUACAUAGACAAUUGUUUGCACAUGGUGCUCUAUAGUGUAGUGAGGUGAAAAAACUAUCGAGUGUAGCGGGUAAUGCUAGAGUUGUGAUAGCCGUGGUUAUGAACACCGCGAUGUCUAGCGAAGAAGCAGUGAAGGUGGAGGGGGGGCAUGUCUCCGUCACAACUAUCAGCAUGUCCGGUCCAGAAACAAGCAACGGUCAGUUUUCAUAUAGCUCCAGCGGUGUACGUAUCAGCGUGUCUUCAGAACCUCACGACGAGGACUCCACUGACGCUGAAAUUUCCAAAAUAGACUUCACACAACAUCAGUAUGAGGUAAACAUGAGAAACAAAAAGAAACGUUCGUCAAGUGGGCAGUACGAGAAUGCAGAACAAGAAAGGCCUAUGUCUUGGGAGGGUGAACUGUCCGACUCCGAAAUGGUUAUCGAUACUAGUGUCAACAAUGAUGAAAAUAGCAGCUCCCUUGAUCUGCAGUCCUCACGGGAUUCCAUUGACACUCUCCGUAACGUGACAAUUAAGACUGAACCACUGAAAACGGAAUCGUUCCAAAGUUUGGACGACCAACGAGUUUUGGAUCUUAAAUAUUCUGUUCCCCUGCAAUCACAUCAGCGGAGUCUCAGUAUGAAUAGGAUAUCGGUGCUAACGGAUAACGCGUCAAUGUCUCUUCCGAGGCGGCCAUCAUCGCCGCAAAGCAGUGCUAAGUCAACUUUAUCCGACCAGUACGACACGUCGCCGCUUAUACAGAAUCCCGCCGUAGAAGUUCAGAACUUGACUAUUAAGAAGGAAACCCAAUUAUCCGAGUUAAAAUGCGAGCCGACAGUAGGUAUGGACAAGUUGCUUGGGCUCCACGGAUCACCUCUUCUAGGAAGACUGCCUAGAGUACAAUCUAGUGCCAGUACAGAUUCCGCCGUACAUUCUAUGUACACGCAUAGCGUAUACAGUAGCCCAUCAGCCAGCCCCCGUCCUUCUCGUCAUUACACGCCGUCUCUUUCACGUAAUAACAGCGACGCCUCACACUCCUCCUGCUACUCCUAUAGCUCAGAGUUCUCGCCCACCCAUUCACCAGUUCAGGGUCGUCAUCCUCACGUUGUUUAUCGAGAACCAACUGUCUUCCCUGCGUCGCCAGCGCACGAUGAAGACACCGACACCACUGAUGACCGCCUUCAUCAUCAUCAGGGUAUCAGCAGACAACAAUUAAUUAAUAGCCCGUGUCCAAUUUGCGGAGAUAAGAUAAGCGGUUUUCAUUACGGAAUAUUUUCGUGCGAAUCUUGCAAGGGUUUCUUUAAACGGACCGUACAAAACCGUAAGAACUACAUGUGCCUCAGAGGGGGAAACUGCCCAGUUACUGUUGCCACUAGGAAGAAAUGUCCCGCUUGCAGAUUCGACAAGUGCUUGGGAUGUGGAAUGAAACUUGAAGCGAUCCGCGAGGACCGCACGCGCGGCGGCCGCUCCACGUACCAGUGCUCGUACUCGCUGUCGGGCGCCGCGUCCACCGGCUCGCUGCUGUCCGCGCACGCGCCCGCCACACUGCGCCACGCCUCCAGCCUCACUUGCGUAAAUGGCCCAGUGUCGUACAAUAGUCGAGGAGAAUCGAGCAACAGCCGACUCACUCCCGACAUACCGCCAUUAUUACAGGAAAUAAUGGACGUAGAACACUUAUGGCAAUACAAUGAGUCGGAGCUCAGUCGAAUGAGUAAAUCUACGGGCAGUCCGUCCGCUAAUCCGUUGCUGGCAGCAAGCGGUAUCACAGCCCAGAACUCUAGCGCCGACUUCCUUGCGGACUUGUGCAACAUCGCUGACCAUAGGCUAUAUAAGAUCGUCAAAUGGUGCAAGAGUUUGCCUCUUUUUAAGAAUAUCUCGAUCGACGACCAGAUCUGCCUGCUGAUCAACAGCUGGUGCGAGCUGCUGGUGCUGUCGUGCUGCUACCGCGGCGUCAGCACGCCGGGCGAGGUGCGCGUGGGCGGCGGCCGGGGCAUCACUCUGCACCAGAGCGCCAAAUAUGGUCUGACGCCAUGUAUCGAACGAAUGUUGAGUUUCACGGAUCAUUUGAGAAGGCUACGAGUGGACCGGUACGAGUACGUCGCGCUUAAAGUUAUCGUACUACUCACUUCAGAUGCGCCGGAAUUGCGUGAAGCGGAGAAAGUGCGAGCGUCCCAAGAGAAAGCGCUUGCAGCGCUGCAAGCGUACACCGCGACGCACUCGCCCGAUACUCCCGCCAAGUUCGGCGAACUGUUGCUUCGUAUACCGGAGUUGCAGCGGACCUGUCAGUUUUUCAUGCAAGUCGGAAAGGAGAUGUUAAAUCCAGCCAACAAAGGCAAAGACGGCGAAGGUCCAAGCUUCAAUCUUCUUAUGGAACUGUUGAGAGGCGAUCACUGACCUCAGAAAACUUGCUCAAGUAAACGUUAAAUGCUAUAAGCGUUAUUACUUUUAUAAAUAUUACUUCUCAAGAAAGACAGUUAACACUGAAGUGAUAUAGUGAUAUAUGGCCUUUUAAAAUUAACACCAAAGUAUAUUUUGGCGUUGAAUCGAAGACUGCUUCCAUGAACAUAAAAUAAUCGCUUGUUACAAUAAGUAUAUUUUGUAUUAACAUUGUAUUUUUGUAAACACGGAUAUUAUAUUGCAUUUAUUUUUUAAUAUAUAUUUGCUCUCAAACUCCUCUAAUACUCCGCAACUAUCUUUAUCAGUAAGUUAAAUUGAAUGAUAUCAAAAAUCAACACUGCCAUAUUUAAUUAGAAUAUUCUAAGAAUAAGGCCAAGGGAACAAUAAAUGACUGAGUUAUGCUUA